UACAUUCAGAUACGCGCCUUUGCCUCAGUUGCGUCGUAUAAUUCGUCUCAUUGAGAUUUAUCCAGACAGAUCUCCCAAUGGGUUGAUCCGGUGUCGGAUGCGGCGUAUGCUUAUCUGCGAGGGAAGCCAACCGUAUACUUGCCUUUCAUAUACUUGGGGUUCUCCCACGGAGGAGCCACGCAACAGCAUUGUUAUCGAAGAACCGGAGUUUCAACGCAUUGGCGUUUUUACGAUACGCCAGAACCUAUAUGAGUUCCUCGAGGUAGCCAAGGUCAAAUAUGCUUCUACUCCUUUCUGGAUAGACGCAGUAUGCAUCGAUCAGAACAGUGACCAAGAACGAAAUCACUAAGUCCGACAAAUGGGCGACAUCUACCGUAAUGCAGAGCGUGUCAUUUCCUGGCUCGGAACCGGUUUCCUGGUCUCCAACUUCAUCAAGGGUCCCAGCUACUCGAUGGACGAUGUCUAUAGCAGGACCGAACGAGGUUUUCGCGCUUUCAGCAAGCACAAAUAUUGGAGCCGAGCCUGGAUCACACAAGAAGUGACACUGGCACGCAAACUCAUACUUGCCGCUGGCGAUGAAGAAGUUGCGUUUGACGUGUUACCUGGGAUCAUUCGCGAAUCCGUGUUACCGCAUAGCGCAGAUUCACUCGAUGGUCAACGCUUUAUGUAUUUACUCCAUCUCUUUCGUGAGAAAUCUUGCAGUAUUGCAAAAGACCGAAUCUUCUCACUCCUCGAUCUCUGCGACGGACAGGAUCGAUCCCGCAUCACCGUCGACUACAGUACUUCCGACGCCGAGCUUUUCGUCGAAAUCAUCCGGGCCUGGGAAGACUCACUGUGUUUCUGCACUGUAUCCCUCGUACGUGCAGCGCUAAAUUUAGACUACCUCGAUAUUCCGCCCCACCCAUACAUCAACAUAAGGCUGAAAAGACAUGAUGACCAGGACUGCAUGUGCGCCUCCACGUUAAGAAUAUCCCUUGGGAGUCGAUCAAAGGCCUUCUCUUCUGUUCCGAAUAUGCUAUAGCACAGCUGGGCUGUCUUGCCUCGGCACGAGAUUUACUUUGCACUGAGACGAAAGAGCCUGAAAUGUACAAUUUGCAUCUCUUGCCGUGGAGGUCUGAUCUAUCGUUGCAGCAAUAUGUUCCAGAUGAUAGUGUCAGUGUGAAGGUGCGGAUCAAAAAAGACCUUU